AUGAUUUUUCUUCCUACCUCAGCCUCUCCCUCAGCCUCUACCCCAGCCUCUACCCCAGCCUCUCUCUCAGCCUCUCCCUCAGCCUCUUCCCACAGGCUGGUGUGUUACUACAACAGCUUGUCUGAAAAAAGAGGGAAGUUCACGGUUUCAAAUAUUGAUCCAAACAAGUGUACCAACUUGAUCUACGCCUUCUCUGACAUUAAAAAACAACCCAGGCUGGUCCCAAGCACAGCAACUGACAUACUACGCUAUCAGGCCUUCAGUGGACUCAAAACCAGAAAUCCACUGCUUAAAACCCUGUUGGCUGUUGGUGGCCUGAACUUUAACACACAAAAAUUCAGUGCAAUGGUGGCAACACAACAAAACAGAGCAAAGUUUAUCAGGUCUGCUAUCACACUACUGAGAGCAAAUGGUUUCGAUACUGAACUGUGCUUCUGUGUUGUACAGGAGCUCAAAGAGGCCUUUAUGGCUGAGGGAACAGCAGAUAACCGAUUACUGAUCACUGCCAGUGUCUCUGCUGAGAAAGCAAUCAUCGAUGCCAGUUAUGAAGUCCCACAGAUUGCAACGUACCUGGACUUCAUUAAUGCGCUGACAUUUGACUUUCACGGCCCCUGGGAAAGUGUCACAGGACAUCACAGCCCCUUAUAUCAGGGAUCCCAGGACACUGGAAACAAAACCUACUUUAACACUGACUAUGCCAUAAACAUGGGGUUAGCGGCAUACAGGCGAGUUUUUAACCUCUCCUCUGCAUCCAGUGUUGUUGGAGCACCAGCCAGUGGUGCUGGUAUAGCAGGUCUCUUCACUGGUGAAGAAGGACUCUGGGCCUCUUAUGAGGCUGAUCAGAAGUCCAAUACCAGUUACCUAAAGGCUAACAACUUUGGAGGAGCUUUUGUCUGGUCUCUGGACCUGGAUGACACUAGUGGACAGUUCUGUAAACAGGGCAACAACCCUUUCAUCAGCCACCUGCACACUCUCCUGUGUCCAGGUGGAACUUCAGGUAGCUAA